AUGGCGCACCACACACACCCAGACCAUGAGCUAGAACAGCGCAACCGGUUGCCGACGUUGAUGGAAGUUUUGGGGAGAAGAACGCUGGCGCCGGUAGACCUGUUUUCGUUCUAUAUCUACAUGCGCGAUCAACAGCGCUCGGUGGACUACUUGGAUUUCUGGCUAGAUGUGUCCCAGCAUAUGUCCUUAUGCCGGCAUUAUGUUCGCGAACUGCGACGCUCUAUGCUUGUCGAUACCCCGGAGAUGGAGAAAGCCACAAGUAAAAGGUCUUCCGCAAUGCUGGAAGGAUUCGACCUGGGCGAAGGGAUCGACACGAGAAAGAGUGGUCAGGAGUCAAGAGUCUCGGCAAUCUUGAGAUCAGACAAUGGAGCAGCUCGCAAACCUAGCAGCAGAGAAGGAGGUGUCGACCAUUCUCCUUCACAUAGCAUGGGCUCUGCGCAUUCACGAACAUUUGGUCGUCCGUCAGGAGAUAGACCUUCGCCAUCCGAACAACUGCCCCAGCCCAGCUAUUCGAGUCCGGAAGUGCGCACCGAUUCAAACUCGCCUGGUCACAGUGUUGCUAGGGCCGACAUCAAAGCUAGUGCAGAGAAGAUCCUCUACACUUUUAUUCUCCCGGGCUCGGAGCGAGAAAUUGUGUUGCCAGAUAGUAUGGUUAACAGGAUAAUCCGUGCAAUCGAGGAGGAGGGGCGCGACGACCCCGAAGUCUUCGACGAUGCAAAAGACUACGUCUUCCAAGCCAUGGAGAGGGAUGCAUUCCCGGGUUUCCUCCAGGCCAAAGCGUUGGGCAACCUAGUUCCUCUGAGCGUUUUGAUAAGGCUGAUCAUCGGCCUUGCGAGUCUAAUGGCCGGCUUCUGGGGUGGGUAUUACAUGAUUUUGAGGGACGAAUCCAGAAGCAUCCGGUGUUGGGUCAUUCUCCCAUUCACCAUCGGCGCCUACUUCCUCGUGUCAUACCAGUACAAACUGGACAUCAUCGCCGCCUACCUGGGGUUCAGCGAGUACACAUGGAUGAACUGGUCGAGGGUGCGGGAGCCGUUCGUUCGCAGACUGCUGCUGACUCGCGCAACCAUGGCGCUACUCAUGUUCGCCGCGGUCGCCGUUGCGCUCAGCGUGUUAUUCAUCUUCGUGCCGGGCACGAGGUUCUGA